UUUAAAUAGCAAACGAAGAAAAGAAAAAGUAUUUGAGGUUUUAAUCGACAAUAGUAGUAAUUAAAAGUAGUAAUUUCCAAAUUUUCAAGAUUUAAAAAUCAGGGAAAAAAAUGGAGAAAAAGCUAAUGGAAAGAUGAAACAUUUGCUUCACAUACAAUACUACAACAACAACAAAACAGCAAACAAAGAAAAAAAACACAUUAAAAAUUAAUAAAAAAAAGUCUUAUAUACAAAUACAUGCCCUCCAUUUUCAACCUGCCUUUCCCCUUCCCUUCUUCCUUUCUUCUCUUCUGUUCUCUUUCUUCUCCAAUUUACCAGAUUCCAUUUUUUCCUUUCAAUUGAAUUUCACAGAUUUUUAGCUUCAAAAUCAAUUUUUUAAAAUUAGUUCAUGAUUUGUAAUUUAUGAUAUUUAAUUCAGUCUUUUUAAGACCAAAAUUGGUUCUGGGUUUCUCUGAAUUUUGAUUCUCCAUCUGGGGUUUUGGCAAGAACACCCUCACGGACCACUUUUCAGUGUUGUAGAGAAUAAAUUCUUUUUUUUUUUUCUGGAAAAAAAAAUAGUCUUAUUAAUUUUAAUUUGUGGGUUAUUAAAAAAAAAAAAAGCUUUCAUUUGAUUUUUAUUUUUUGGAAUUUAAAAAGUAAGGAAAAAAAAAGAGGAGGAGGAUAUGGGCAAGCAAGGACCUUGCUAUCACUGUGGUGUUACAAGCACCCCACUUUGGCGUAAUGGUCCCCCUGAGAAGCCUGUGCUUUGCAAUGCUUGUGGAUCUCGAUGGAGAACCAAGGGAACUCUUGCAAAUUAUACCCCUUUACAUUCCAGAGUUGAUCCUGACGAGUAUGAGGAUCAUAGAGUGGGCAGAGUGAAGACCAUGUCUCUUAAGAAAAGGGAUGAUAAGAUAAGCAAAAGGAAAUAUAAUUACGAAAAUUCCAUUGAUGGGGAUUUUAUCCCUGAUUACAGCCAGGGAUUUCAGAAGAAUAUUGAUGAGGAUACGAGUAAUAGAUCAAGUUCUGGCUCUGCCAUAUCGAAUUCUGAAAGCUGUGCUCAGUUUGGCAGUGCGGAGGCUAGUGAAUUGACAGGUCCAGCACAAUCCAUUGUGUGGGAUGCGCUGGUUCCGUCAAGGAAAAGAACAUGUGUAACCCGUGCAAAGCAAUCUUCAGUAGAGAAGCUGACAAAGGACUUGUAUACCAUCUUACAUGAACAACAGGCUUCUCACCCUUCAGUUUCCUCUGAAGAUGACUUGCUCUAUGAGAGUGAGGCCCCAAUGGUAUCAGUUGAAAUAGGUCAUGGAAGUGUACUUAUUAGACACCCAAGCUCCAUUGCACGAGAUGAGGAAUCCGAAGCUAGUUCCCUGUCAGUUGAAAAUAAGCUUUGCAGAACAGAUGAGGGCUACUCAAAUCCUGCAUCUAUGCUGUUGUUUAAUGACAGCAAGAGUGUGGGUAGCUCCUGCUUGGGGGUGGAAAAAGUUAAGAGGCUAAAUGGCCACAUUCUGCAGCUGGAGCAAGUUAAGAGGGAAAAAUACAAUAAUGAGAGCAUCCAACUUCUGUGGAAUCAUGAUUCUCUGCUGUGCGACAUUGACUUGACUGAAAUUGUCAAUCCUGAUGUCUUUCGGGGUCACUUAACGGAUAAGGAACAGCAGGAUUUGCUCAAGUAUCUGCCUACUGUCGAUACCUCCUCUGUUUCUGAUAGUCUUGGAAGCAUAUUUACCAGCACUCACUUCAAGGAGAAUAUAUCUUCUUUCCAGAAGCUGCUUGCCGAUGGAGUAUUUGAUACUUCCUUUUCAGGAAUACAAACUGAGGAUUGUAAGGUCCUUAAGAGAUUAGCUUUGUCCAAUAUGACCAAGUGCAAUUGGGUGGAGUAUCGUAAUUCACUCAAGGAUAAGAGAACUAAAGAGAGUACAGGAGAAUCUGUCCGCAUAUCAGAAGCUAAAUCCUGCUUUUCUGGUAACUUUGCCAAUGCUAAGAGAUCGCGGGAGAGCCAAACUCAUCGCUGGCCAGAAACAAAUGGUGCAACGAAAAUCCCCAAACGAGUGCUCCUGAAAGUUGAUUGCAAAAGCAAGCAACCCUUACAAUAUGAAGGCUCGUGCCUCACUCCAGCUCCGAAGAACCUCUUCACCUUCCCAACCAAUGGUAGCUCCCUCAUGCUUGAUUCCUACCAAUUCGAAGAUGAAAGCUCUGAUCAGGAUCUGCUGCUCGAUGUUCCAUCCAAUGGAUCAUACCCGCAAGCUGAGGCUGAGCUCCUCUGCCCAACCUCUAGUUUUGCAUCUCAACAAGCCAGUAGUAGUUCUAUACCCAUAUCUCAUUUCCGUCCUUGACAAAUACCGAGCAACUGUUCCAUCCAUAGGCAGUGGACAAUGCCAUCCGAAUUCAUAGAACAAAUUUUCUUUGGAUGCUGUUUAAUAGUUUUGUUAUGACCCCUCAUCCCCCUCCCCCAAAGUGCCUAUUUUGAACUUGGAUAGGUAAGGGGAAUAUGUGGGUUUCUCUUUUUGUAUAGGUUGAUGAUGAAAGCUUGUAGCAUAUAUAGCCAUAAUGCAGAAGAGAUGGUAAAGAUUUCGGGGUACUGUAUGCAGUUUAGUCCCUUAUAAGCUAACAUAUGGCAUCCUUAUGGGUAAACUGUAUUGUGGGGGAAGUACAUAGCAUCCCGGUUAGUGAAGGAAACCGAAGUGAGUUUUCUUAGAUGCCUGUAAACAAAUGUCAUCUUCAUCCAUAUAUUUGGAUAUAUGGAGAGUUACUAUAGUGAAAAGGCUUUGCAUUUGCUUGGCUUUCUUAGAUACAGGUUUACAUAGGAGGUAACCUGACUCCUCAGUUCAUUUUAGUCGGGAGCCUUGACAAAUCGGGUGUCAAUUUCCGAGUGAAGUAAUAGAUAGAUUGAGUCAGUUGUAACUAGCAAUAGCAAAACUUGUCAAAUUUUCACUAGUUCUCACCAAAUACUUUUUUUUGUUUGAA